GUAGCAGGAGGCGGAGCCUGUUUGUUGACAUCGGGCGAAAUCGAAAAUCAGAUGAGUGAAGGCUGCUGAUAAUUAUCAGUUUGUCGCUACUACCGGAACGCGAAGCCUUGGCGAGAGCUAAGGUCCCCUGCACUGCCCCGUCUUGAUCUGAGCCAGAGAAGAAGAGGCGAACAUGGCAGCCAAAGCAGGAGACAACCCCGACAGCCUCAUGACUCUGGCGACUGUCUUCUGCCUGAGGAACCUGAAGAAGACGAUGUGCUACCAGGGCUUCAGGAACAAGCUGUGCCUGCGCUCAGACAUCUUCCUCCCCAGCGAGAUCUGCGACAAGCUGGUCAACACAUACAUGGAACUGGUCCACACAGACAGUAACUUUGAACCAGAGGAGAGCUUCUUCCAGCUCUUCUCAGACCCCCGGAGCACCAGACUGACCCGGGUGCAGCUCAGAGAGGACUUUGUCCGUGACAGAGACCUGGAAGCCAUCAAAAAACAGGACCUGAUCGAGCUCCACCUCACCUACUGCAACAACCUGUCGUCUCGCAGCUUGAAAGCGCUGUCCUGCUUCCGCGACACUUUGGUGUCUCUCUGUCUCUUCGGCUGCAGCAACAUCUUCUACAGGAAGUGCGGCGCCCCGCUCGCCUGCAACGAGGACACAGACGAGGACGAGGAGGAGAGCCCCGCCUCUCGGCAUGCUUUAGAAACAGACUUUAACUUCCAGGGAUUCAACCGGCUCAGGCUGCUCAACCUGGGUGGCAUGCCGAAGGAGCUGGACCCCGAGACACUGCUCAAACCCCUGAAGUCGCUCACCUCGCUAGAUCUGUCCAAUGUACAGUUACUGGGGACAUCUUUUCUCACCCAGUGGAGGGACAGACUGGCCUCUCUUGUUCUCUACAACGUGGACCUAUCUGAGGAGUUGAUCAGCACAGUUUUGGAGCUCGUUAAUCUCAGGCACCUCGACAUCUCCCAGGAGAGCAGGCGGAUCUCAAAGUUUAAGAUGACCAAGAAAAUCCUGACGGCCAUCGUCCAGCGUCUGGUACACCUGAUGUCCCUGGACAUCUCGGGUCACAUCAUGCUAGACAACUGCACAGUUCCACACUUUGAAGAAGCGAUGGGGCGUCCAAGCACUGAACCGUGCAAGAGCAGCAUCUACCCUUUCCAGGAGCUGAAGAGGCCCCUGCAGUUUCUGGGCUUGUACGACACCACCCUCUGUAAUGUGACGCACAUCCCUGCCUAUAAGGUGACUGGAUCAAAGAAUGAAGACCAGGUCCUGAACGCCAUCGAGGCUUACACAGAGUUUCGCCCUGAGCUCGCCCACAGAGCCAUCAAUCAGCUUUUUGACAUCGCCAGGAUACAACAUUGCAGCCAGCUGCUCCGCGCUCUGCAGCUUGUCAUCGCAGCACUGAAGUGCCAUAAAUACGAUAAGAGCAUCCAGGUGACGGGCAGCGCCGCUCUUUUCUACCUGACCAACACCGAGUACCGCAGCGAUCAGAGUGUGCGGUUACGGCGGGAGGUCAUUCAGGUGGUGCUGAAUGGGAUGGAGCACUACCAGGAGGUCACUGUCCAGAGGAACUGCUGCCUGACUCUGUGCAACUUCAGCAUCCCAGAGGAGCUCGAGUUCCAGUACAGCCGCGUCAACCAGCUGCUGCUGAAGAUCCUGGAGCCGGCCCGGCAGGAUGAGUCCAUCCAGAGAAUCGCCGUGCACCUCUGCAAUGCUUUGGUCUGCCAGGUGGACAACCACCAUAAGGAGGCUGUGGGCAAGAUGGGAUUUGUGAGGACAAUGCUGAAUUUAAUUCAGAAGAAGUUACAGGACAGAAUGUGUGACCAGGUGAUGGAGUUUUCCUGGAGCGCCCUGUGGAACAUCACAGACGAGACGCCCGACAACUGUCAGAUGUUCCUGAACUGUCGGGGCAUGAGCCUGUUCCUGGAGUGUCUGCAGGAGUUUCCAGACAAGCAGGAGCUUCAUCGCAACAUGUUGGGUCUUCUGGGAAACGUGGCUGAGGUCAAAGCUCUGAGGCCACAGCUGCUCACCCCACAGUUCAUCACAGUGUUCAGUAACCUGCUGGACAGUAAGGCCGAUGGGAUUGAGGUGUCGUACAACGCCUGUGGAGUGCUCUCGCACAUCAUGUUUGACGGGCCUGAGGUUUGGAAGAUGGAGGAGCCGCGGAGAGACAUGGUGAUGGAGAAGAUGUGGGAAGCCAUCCAGAGCUGGGACGUCAGCUCGCGGCGCAACAUCAACUACAGGUCAUUCGAGCCCAUCCUGCGACUGCUGCCUCAGAGCAUCUCCCCUGUCAGUCAGCACUGGGCCACAUGGGCUCUUUACAACCUGGUGUCAGUUUACCCAAGCAAGUAUUGUCCUCUGCUGAUAAAAGAAGGAGGAAUGACUCUUCUGGAGAAAGUUCUGGAGCUGGAGAGCUCACAUCCGGACACAAAGGACAUGGCCCGAAAAGUAAUGGAGCACUGUGAAAACUUCAAAGAAGACCCGAUGGAAACAAAUCCCGGACAGGAUGCAAACUUUGGACAGAGAGGGUGACGCCAAGGGAGCUGAAAUUCCCAGUAAAUAUCCAGAAAACCAACCUGAGGCCCCUCCCACCAUCAUCACCACAAGGGUCAAUUGUGUGCAUUAUUCUUAUAAUUCUUCUUCUUUUGUAGAGUUAGAACAGUGUCUCUGACCCUCCUCACAGCAGUUUGAUAUUUGACACAUAGAACUUAAGACGUGGUGCAUGGUAUUUUGUCGUGAGGGUGCUUACCUCUGCUGCACAUCUCUUCUGUUGGGGACAGGUUUGUGGGGUUGGGUGACUGUUAUUUCUCAGUGUGAGUGUGAGUGUGUUUGCGUGUCAAAGGUUUAAACCAGAACAAAACAGCCGUAGUGAUGCUCGGUUCUCAGCAGACGGCAGCGCCAGCCGCCCCCAGCUCGCUGUCGGUAACCGAACAAAAAAAAGGCCGCGUGGCGAGUCGGAGGCCUCAGCUCACACUCGCUCAUGCUAGCGAAGGCCGCGGAGCCGUGGGACACAUGUACAGUGAAUAUUAGCCAUUAAGUGUGCGGGCUGCAGACCUCACGGCUCUAUGAUGGACUUCUUUGUUUAUAUAUGUAAAUAUUAUGUGUGGGUCUCAUCCUUUUACUGUGUGUAUGUUUUAUAAUAUAACUGUAAACACUCAUGACUUUACGCUGUAUUUAAAUCUCUUUAGGUCUGGCUGUUUGCGGUCAGUGCUAAGAAACUAUACACAGAAUCAUUCAUAGCAGUCCUGUAAACUCUUUAAAGGACCAUUCACAUGUAAUUCAGCCUCCCGUCUUAAAGGUACUCAAACUGCAGAUUCCAGCUUUUAAAAUGAGUUUAAAGUUAACUCAAGGUAUCAACAGACUGUAAAGAAACAGCAGCUCUGACAUUAUGUCCAACGUGUCUGUGUGCUGAGCUACAGAGAUAUCAGCUGAGGUUUUAAUGGGGACAGGCUGUACUGUUGUGCAAUACUUUGAACCAAAAAGUGCAGUCGGCCAGUGUAGCAUCCAUUUUUUCUAACAUUAUAAAACCUACAUUCUUUCUAGUGACCAGCAGGGGGCAGCUUCUUGGGUUGGGGGAAAAAGGCUUCUGGUUGUAUAGAAGUCAAACUUGAGUUGAUAUCUCUGCAGGUCCAUACAUAACAACGUAGUAAUUUCUUCUCAUUCUGUUGGUGUUUUUGAUUUUUGUUUAGGUUUUAAACUCUUUUUAAACAAAGACUUAAAACAAAAAAGUACCUUUAACCUAUCUGGUAACUCUUACUGGAAGCAGCGGUGAGCUUUAAACUAAGAGGGAGGUGAAAUUAAUCAAAGCAAAUACACUUCAUGGACAAAUGUAUGUGGACAUUAAGGCUUCCAGAUACAAAGUGAUAAAGCCUCUAUACAAACAAAGAGCUACUGAUGACAGACCGUAAGAAAUGAUCCCUGCACAGGCUCUGGGUGAAUUGACUUGGACAUAUACUGUAUAUCAAAAGAUUCACAUAGCCUUUUGGGCAGACAUGUGUUACUUCUAAUGUCCAGCAGGGGGUGACUCCUGUGAAGUCAGAUUAUAGAAGUCUAAUGGAAAAAAGACCCAGACAUGCAGACCUCGACUCUCAUGCUUUGUUUUACAGCACUAAACAUGGACUGUGCAAUGCCAGACCUCCGUGGUGUCACAUUCAGCGGUUCUACAUGAUGAGAAUCUCCAUCAGUGUCAGUACAGCUCUCUACUCAACUCAGUAAAAUAUUCAGCAAUUUUCAUUUCAUUAUUAACAGAGUUGAGUCUUCUGGAAGCGCAACACUAAAUUAAAUGAAACAACAAUAAUCCAGUACAGCUGGACACCUAAACACCUGGAAACACAGGCUCAUGGAAAGCCUUUGGAGUUCCUCUACAGGUCUACUCACGUGUCCACAUACUUGGCCUUUAUUAGAGCUUUGAUGCUUCGUACUGCUCUCUCUGUGGUGUUAUAAGCCCAGAACCCGGGAUUUCCCCCUCUGAACUCCCUGGUGCUUCCAGUGGUCCAGAUGAUACUAAAAGAGAGGAGGUUGGAAGAUAAACGGUUAUCCUUUGAGGACACCUGACGGCCCAUCAUGUUUAUUGGUCGUUCAGCUUGCUGCUAAAAUAACUCCUUCACUUAAAUCAAACAGUUUUAUUUUGAAACGCUAAGGGGAGGAAAAUAAAACUGUGUGUUCACUUGUAUGUUCGACACUGGUGAUGGGAUCUUUAAAAAAAAAAAAAAAAUCACAUCUGACUUGUUUCAAAUUAAGGUUUAGUGAUCGAGAAGGAGGGGAGGUUAAGUUUCAUGUUUCAUCCCCACCCCUGCUGACCAGAUUAAGGUUAAACUUAACACUUUAACACAUUUAAACACAUUAACAACAACCAGACUCUGAAUUUCUCCUCUCUGUUUGCUGUGGUGUCCCUGAAGAUGCCCUGUGGAGAUCCCGAGGUCAACUUGUUUGUUUCACAAUAAACAUUCAAAAGCUGAAUAUCUUGAACACCUGAAUCAGAAAUCCAGGAAAAGAGUUCUUUCUUAGCUCAACAGCACCCCUAGUGGUGGAAAAAAGAAAGGAAAAACCUCCACAGGGCACCUUGAAGAUGUCUUUGAGUUUAAAAAGUUCCUUCACUGGCAUUUUUCAUCUUGUAGCUUUAAAGAUGACUUCAGGAAUUUCCUCUUUUAAACGGCAUUCUUAAUUUAUUAAGUAACUCAAACUUUACUUUAUUAAAAAAAUUUAAAAAAAAUAUGUCAAUCUCAAUUCUGAAAAGUUGCUUUUAGCUUAGUAGGUAGAAACUUCCAAAUGCAGAUAAUUCUAAAGAAUUUUAGUGUUUUUACAGACUUAUUGUAAUUAUUUAUUUCUAAACUGCAGUUUCAGGUUGUUGGUUUUUUUUUGUUUUGUUUUUUUUUCUGAGGAAAAACUCUGAACCUUCAAAAAUAUCUGUUAAACUGCAAGAACAAACAGUACAGGAUGGAGGACUGUGGCUCUUUAAUCGAAAAUAAAUAAAUAAGUUCUAAAUAUAUAAUUUUCUAUCAUAAACUAACCAGUUUAAUGUCAGAGGAUAUUACAGUUUUUUUUUUAUUAUUUUCUCUCCUUUAGUCUUUAAAUCAAGUUUUUAAAGCAAAAUUGGUUCCUACCUCAGUUUAACAUUGGUCAGUGUGACUUUAAUAACCUGAAGCUCAACACGGAGACAAAUAUAGUCCAUAGUUUAUUUGUUAAUUUCCAAAAAUGUAAAACUUUGAAAGGAAAAUUUCAAAGGUUUUUACAACCGUAAUCUUUGUUUCAUAAUGUUUCUUGCAAAUUUAAGACUUUUGAGUUUUAUAACCUCAACGAAUACUUCAGUGCUUUCUUAGAAGUGUACUGAGAGACUUUGUUUUUAACCGUCAAAGAAUAUUAGUUUUUCCAUCUCAAAUUUAGAAAUUCAAACUUUAUGACCUAAAUACAUAUUAGUUUAUUUUCUUUUAAUUUAAAUUUGAUUUUAUUGUAUCAAAAUAAUUUUUUUACUAAUUUAUAUUAAAGUUUUGUCCUUCCUAUGAUUGAUAUUCUGUGAGAAUAUAAAAUGUAGUUUUUUUUUGUUUGCAAAUAAACAGCAAACCUAGGAAACAAUAUUAGAUUUUCAUUUUUUUUUCUUUUUUUGACUUUUUGUCUCAGAGAUCAGUCGUAUCCAGUGAAUUAACAGCUUUAAUCUCAGAGCAUUUUUGAUAUUUUUACAAGUUUGAUUUCAAUAAAAUUGCAGUUUUUCUCACAUUUUUUUCAACCAUCUCAGAAAUGUUUGUUUUCCUUAACAUUAAAAUCUAUAAUUUCAUAAUACCUCAGAAUAUAAGAGUAGUCCUUACAGAUUAUGCCUCUCGUUUUAAGAAUAUUACCGUUUGUUCCCACAAAGUUGCGACUUUAGCUUCAGACUUUUCCUCUGAGGAUAAUCGCCCUUCCUCGGCUCCUCUUUUUAAACCUUAUGUAAUGCCCCCAAACACUCAUUUAUUCUUUGAAUGCAGUUUUACGUCAGUGAUUCGUUAAUUCUCAGAAUUGAUUUGGUGCCACUUUAAUAAAUUGCCUGAGCGGGGCUGGAGGAACAGGGAUUAAGUACUGUCUUCACUUCAUGGGGUGAAAGCGGCGCUGAUGCUGUUAACAGGAUUUAGUUGGAGUGCAGUUUGAUUCACCAGGCUUCUGAUGCUGGGCUUCCCUCCCAGAUGACGCCAGUGAAGGAACACAUCACCAGCUGUCCUGUUUCCUGUGGUUUAAUGUUACAGUCCUCAUGCUCAUGAGCGGUGCCUGACUGAUGGAUUUAAGCUACUUCAUAUCAGUCGCGUCGGUUUUCCCACCAAACGCGCUUCCUGGUUCUCGUGUACAGUUUUUCUUUGUGUGAUUUCAGGGAUCAGAUUGGUGCAGGUCUCUGUUGCUUUCUCACGGUCACCAUGAUGAUCAUGAUGAUUCAGUGUGUGUGGAAGUUGAAUAUGAGGAGGACUUGAUGUAUGAUCAAAGCUCUUUAGAGUCGCACAGAUCUUCUUUCUCAGUCGCCUGUUCUGUUCAUUGAAUGUCUCCAUUUAUGCUUUCUGGACACAUUAUUUUUUUGGGUUUGACUGUUCUUUAUUUAUGAAGAUGUAUGUACUGAUAAUAAUAAAAAAAAAAAACCGAGAGAGAGAACUGCUGUGUCGCAAAGCCUUUCAGAUUUCAUCCACUAGGUUUCCUGUUUGUCCACACUCUGUUCUCAGUUUGUUUUGUAACUGCUGAUAAGUUUAGUCCAAACUGGAGUGAAGAACUUUGGAUCUGGACAGUUUGGAGUUCCACGUUUUCCUGAUCUCAGUAGUUCCAGGACAUCGGUGUAAAAAUAUGAAAAAGCAAUAAAGAUGGAGUGGUUUAAAAAUAA